AUGCAUUUUAUAAUCGAUUGCAGCCGUCAGAGGUUUUCGAAUGUGUCAGAGCUGCCAAUGGCGAUAGAUGGAAACUCCAUACUGCGUUUUAUCAACAAUGACAUCGAAAAACUGCCGCUCUACAAGGACGAUAUUGGUUAUGCCACUCUGCGAGAGCUGUACCUAGCAAACAAUCAAUUAAUACAGCUAAGCUCCGAUCGAUUACCGCCCAAUCUAACACAUUUGGAAGUCAGCAGCAACCGCUUAACGCACCUCAGCACCCAACAACUACCUGGAACUCUAAAAUAUUUGGAUUUCAGGAGCAAUUUCAUAACAGUUCUUCAAUUAGAACAGAUACACAACCAUCUGGCAUAUUUGGAUAUCAGCAAAAAUAAACUGCAGACUUUGGGAGAAGACUGGCAGCGAUAUCUCUCAUCACAACAACAUCUCUCCCCAAUACAAUUGAAAAUUUCCCACAACGAAUGGCAGUGCGACUGUCUAAACAAGCAAUACCUUCAAUUUAUUAGCGAUAUAGCAGUGAGCAUCAGCGACUUGGCAUAUACCUACUGCAGUGAUAGAUCUCUGGGCCGCUUGUCGGAAGUACAAUUCUCAGAUAUCUGUACUACUACCUUUGAAAUACUAUCGAUCGUUUUUGGAACUUUAGGGCUCACAAGCGCAACCGGGUUUUCGAUGGUAUUCUUCAAGAAACACAUACUCUUCUGGAUGUACAGAAAUAAUCUAUGUGUAUGCUGUGUAAAUUAUAAGGAAUUGGAGGCUAAGAAGCUCUACGACGGAUUCAUCGCUUAUCCUGCUGUGGACUCUGAACUGUUGCCCGAAUUUGUGGACAGGCUGGAAAACGAGCCCCACAAUUAUCGGAUGUGCAUUUACGAACGUGACUGGCCAGUUGGUUCCGUUAUCCCAGAUUGCAUUUGCAACUCGAUCAAUAACUCGAAGCGAACCAUCAUCCUGCUGACCAAACACUUUCUGAAUUCUAACUGGGGUCGCUUGGAAUUGCGCGCGGGUAUUAGAGCCAGCUCACAAGAUAGAACAAUGCGUCUUAUCAUCGUCAUGUACCCCGGAGUCGAUACUGAUAACUUGGACAGUGAACUGGGCACAUAUCUAAAAUUUACCAUCCAUCUAAAACGCGAAGAUCCGAACUUCUGGCACAAGCUGCUCUAUGCAAUGCCACAUGCCAAGGGAGAGAAUCUUAAUGCGGAACUCGUCUAA